ACCUGAUGUCCACUGAACAUCGAUAGUUGUGUGAUUCUGGCCUAGUCCCUGCACAUGGAUACUUAGUGACACUUGACCGAGUAGAAAGACAGCUUCUUUGGUAGCAUAUUAUUUCAAGGUUUAUAAAAUGUCGUUCAGAGAACUUCGAUCGUACACGGAGGUCAUGAAGGCGCUGGGUUAUCCGCGGUUAAUAUCUAUGGAGAACUUCCGAACACCUAAUUUUGAGCUCGUGGCGGACUGCCUCUAUUGGUUGCUUCAACGAUACUAUCCGGGCGUGGAGAUAUCCGAUGACAUCAGCACGGAGGCCGACCGCGUGAAAUUCCUGCAAUCGGUGGCUCAGGUCAUGCUAACCAAAGCACGCAUGAAGCUAAACAUCAAGAGGCUGUACGCUGCCGAUGGCAACGCUGUAAAAGAGCUCCUUAAGCUGGCGACGCUCCUCUACAAAGCCACAUCGAAGGCUGGUGAUAUGGACGACGACUCGACCGAAGUGGUGGAUGUAAUUGCGUCCCUGAAGGGGUUCAACCCCAAGGAAAUUAAGAUGUCAGCCAGCGAAAUCAUCAAAGCCGGUGCAGCGCUCUACGAUGCGCUGGGCCAGGAGCCUGAGCUGCGGGAGCACCGUGCUCGUGCUGUAGCGGGCCACGUGGACACGGACUUCGUGGAGCGCAGCAUCCGCGAGGCCAUCGCGAUGGUGGAGGACAACAUCCACUCCCUGGAGAACCAGAUGGAGGACCUGGAGCGCAACGAGAAGACCCUGGACAACAAGAUCGAGAAGAAGAAGCAGGAGCUGGAGCGUCAGGAGAAGCGCCUGUCCACCCUGCAGUCCGUGCGCCCCGCCUACAUGGACGAGUACGAGCGGUUGCAGGGUGAGCUGAAUGACCUGUACCAGAGGUAUCUUGAUAAGUUCCGCAACCUGGAAUUUUUGGAGAACGAGUUGGAGACGUACUACGAGGCUGAGCAGGAGAAGAUGGAGCAGCAGGAGAAGCGACUGAAGAAGAUGCAGAAGCGGCUCAAGUGA